UUUCCCCAUCAGACUCUCUUAUAUAACUUUUUUGAGGCAAACAAAAAAUUCUUGAUGAUACAAUUAUGUACUUGAAUUUAAUUUGAAAUAGAAAAAGCUCAGAAAAUCCUUAAAUGAACUUUUCUCGCUACCUGUAAUUUUUAAUAUUUCGCCUAACUCUUUUUUAUCUUGAGAUAUAAAAUUUCACUUCCAUCUGAAAGAAUCUCUAAGAAACAAAAAAUCUUUACGAGGGAAAAAGAAUUAAAUUCAGACCUCCCUAUAUAAAUAAAUGUAUUGUAGCGAUGUAGAAAAGCUCAAAAUAUGUAAUUUCAGAGAACUAAUUUGAGCUUGAAAGUUUCACAAAUUCAUAUACAUACAACACACACACACACACAUAUAAAUUGCAGAAAUAUAUGAUGUGGUAUGUUUACUGGAUAGAAAAAUUACCGCAUGACACUUUUCCGACUAACCUUAUAUGAGAAUAAUAUGAAUUAUAUACUUAUAUGGUUAUACAAGUGAAAUUUAUGCAAAUAGACUAAUUUUCACAAUUACAUAAUGGAGUGCUAUACACAUCAUCUGGAUUGUGGCCGCAUAUACAUAAUUUACUUUGUGUUCAUGGGGAGUUAUACGAACUUACCACACCACGAUUUCAUAAAGCAUUGUAGUCAUAUUCCCACUAACCCAGUUGUCGUUACAAUUCCCUUCCUAUAAUAAUCGUUGUGAGUACGUUUGCCUUUCAAUUUUCUACUAUAGCCAAAAACUUCCAUCCCACACGAACCACUUCUCUAUAUACUUUUGGCAUCGACUGCUGUGGCAUUCCUAUACCCCUCCAGAAAUCGGGUUAAAUGAUAAAUUUUUCCUCCCUAUUAUUUAAUGGUUUUACAUUUUCCCAGUGAUUCUUUUUUCUUGGCAAAAAUUCAAAAUGCUCCUUCGUUGUUUGUAUAUUUUCUUUCCUCCUCUAUGUAUUCUGGAGAAGAGUAGAGGCAGAGCGCGAGGGAGAGUGGGAGGAAUUAAAGGAGGAACACAUAAAAGUCCAACCUUUCUAUAUAACGUAUGCUGCCAUGUGAUAUAAGAAACUUUCUGGUAGGGACAGCUAUUGAUAGUUUGAGUAUUUGAUGUUUGGAAUUUUGAGUUUUCAUAUUUCCUCGCUCAAAACUUCUUCAAGUGUACUCUAAUAGGUAUUGAUUUCUUUUUAAACUGAUGUACAAUUUAUAUGCCCAAUAAAAGGAAAGCUAAAAGAAAGAAUAAGAAAAUUUUUAACAAAUUGAAUAUUAUAGUUCUUGUUAGUUUUAUCACUUUUGAUCACAAAAAAUGUCGAAUAACAUAAACGUAAAGCUUAAAAGCCGUAAAAUCGGUAAGCUGGUUUAUUAUUUCUCUAAAUUAUUAAAACUUUCUACUUUCAAAGUUCUUUUUAAUCAAAUUAUGAGGCUUUUCUUUAAAAGUAAAAUAAACAGUUUUAAAUCAAGAUAAGCUACGGAUUUUUUUUUUGAAAUUUUCUUGAAGACUGACUGCAAAACUAUCCAGAAAAAUCACGUCUUUAAAAAAAUUCUUAUAAGAUCACGAAAAAACUUUUAAAACUAUUCCUUUUACCGUGUUAAAACUUUCGAAUUUCCUAAGACAAAAUCGAAAAAUCUGUGCUGGAAUAUUGGGCCUUAUUCAGCGACCAAGACACCCUUGAAAUUUGCUUGAAAUCUUGAAAUUUCAGUACAAAAUUUAAAGCUUUCAAGAGUUUCUUGGUCGCUGAAUAAGGCUCAUUUUUGUAGUUUUCAUUCCUAUUUUUUAAAGGUUCAUGAACUCUACUUUUCUAGGUUGAUUCUUUAGACACUCAAAGAGUUAAGCAUAACUAAAUUUCAAAAUUCAAAACUCGUUUAAUUCAGUUAGGUAUAAUGUAACAAAUGAUGAAUUAAUAAAUCAUUUUGAGAAGCAUUUUCACGGUUACCUGCCUCGUAUCUCAUCUUAAAUGAAUUCUAACUUCGUGCAACAUAAUUGUGGUGAUAAGUAAUUGGUCUGAAUGGAAUAUUUUAUGUUAAAGUAUGCGCGAAAAAUAAAUGAAUUGUUGAGAUAAAUUUGUCCCAUUCACGGCUAUUGUUCCGAAAAAGAAUAUAUGUAUAUUUUCUUCAUUCUUCACCGCCACAAGUCCAUAUAGAGGUGGUAUAUGUAUUAAAUAUGCGAUGUUAUGUAUAUUGCGAAUGGACAUUGAUGGAGAAUAUGAGAAUAAUAUGUGAUGCGCACACAGUAGUGCUGAAGCACUGUGAAACACCCUUUGUGGGGGACUUGCUACCUUUAUGUCCAUCACCAUGAAUUGUAUCCACGGUAACAUGGAGCUUAUAUUUCCCCUCUUUUUUGGAGAAGGUCCAAAAAGGGUGGAUGGUACUGUUGGAAAAGAGGAAAAUCCCCACCCUACCAUAUUCACCCCAAGAGCACAGCAUCCUGCUGUGCUAUUCUCAAUGUUGUAUGGGUAAAGGUAACAUGGAGAAGCUUUGUGAUGUGGUGAGCUUUUGCGCAUCUAUGGGGUACGCUUUCUUUCUCACUUUCUCACACACACACACACCAAAUGUAUCAUUGAAACUCCAUGAGCAUCAUUCAUUUCACCCUACCAUCAUCAUCAUUUUGGUACAAUGAGAAAUUGAAUAGCGAGGAAGAUAGUGUGGUGAGAAAAAUUCUCCAUACUCUCGACAACAACGUCGCUAGGAGACGCAGGCACCUUUCUCUCUUUCUCUCUCUAUCAUGCCCAUGCUUUCCACAUAACCUCUUUCAUCGCCCAAGCUUUUCCCAAAGCGAAAGCUCACCAAGUAUAAGCUUUCAACGAAGAAGCACCGGCAACAGGGGAUGCUGCGCCGUAGAUCUCAAUUCGGGUGGGGUUAUUCACGGGGAAAUUCAAUGAUGCUGCGUGGUAGGGACCCGAGAGCUUUUCCAUUCCCAAAUUUUAGGGGUAUAUAAGGGUGGAAUUGUGUAUGUUACUGUAUUUGUGUGCGAAAUGUUGCAGAGCAACACAAAAUCUGCAAAAUUUGUGCCUCGAUUUUCCGAUCAGCUUCCUCGUUGCUUUAGUCGUACGCGAGCCCUCAACUCCAAAGGGUGACAUUUGUUGUUUUGCUUAAAAAAAAUUAAAAUAUUGUAAAUAACACACUAAAAGAAAAAAAAACUAACCACUUAACAAAAAAAAAUCAACUAAACUAGAUAAAAAAAGAAAUUUAAAAGAAAAAAAAAACCCUUAAACUGAAAUAACAAAAAAAACGAAGAUUUAUUUAUAUAAAUUUUCGUGAUUAAUAAAAAAAGGAUAACAUGUACAAAAAUCUUUUAUGUAAUAAAAGAAUCAAGUGUUGAGUAACAGUGUUGACUAGCAUAUACGGGGGUUUCUCCUUUAUUUAAUCUCUUACGAGUUGAGAACACUGAGGGGUGGGUAGAAUUUCUGAGAAGAAAAUAUAUUUUUGUAUGUGAAAAAAGUACUAGAAUUUUACUGACUGAAAGUUGACUUGAGUGCAUUUGUUGAGAAGAGUUUGAGCGAAUUAGCAAUGACAUUUAGUAGAUAGAAAUGGACACAGUUUCAAUUUUGCUGUAAUCAUCAGAAAAUUAAUAAUAAUUUUGAAUUUAAAAUUAAAAAAAAAAAGAAAACAUAUAUUUACACAUAAAAGCAACAUUCAAUUAUAUAAAAUUACCAAAUAAACCCCCGCAUUGCCCACUUGAAAAUUCAAUUGUGUGCACAACGUGAAUAGAAAGGUAAACAUUGAUUGUGUAAACGAUUUUUUGGACAUCAACACACGGGGGUUGUGAGAAGUGCAAAGAGGAAAAUUGAUAAUUAACCGAUUUCACUAAAUAACAAACCGCUGCCAACAUUUAUUCACGACAAUCGUCGCCACCUCCACCCCAUCGACUACAAUGCUCUGGUAGCCAAGAGAGUUUCGCCGCGGAACAGUUCUGUGGCGGUUUGGUGAGCAGUUUAGGCGGCGGCAGCGGUCAAUGGGGUCCAAUACCGAACUGUGGUGGUCCAAUGUGUCAUCAUGGACCAGGACCUGGUCCACCGAUCAUUGGUGGCAUUGGUGUAGGUGGCGGCGGACCCGCCGCCCACGGUGGCCACUCUGCAUUUCACGGACCACCGCCGCCGCCACCGCCUCUCUGUAAUCCCUGCAGCACAAAUUCUAACAGUUUCAACUCAGUGCCAAUACCGGGACCAUCACGUUGGGGUCCUCGGUCCACCUGUCCAGUACACAGUCCUUUCAGGGUGCGCAUGCCAAAUGGAUCUGUCUGCUCGGGACACCAGGCUCUUUUGCAUACUCAUGACGUAGUAGCAAGAGAAGUAUACGGCGAAGAGGCUCUUCGCGUAACACCACCCCCAAUGGCUCCCUAUCUCAAUGGAGAUGAUAUAGAUAAUGUGGACAAUGGUGAUUUGCAGCAUGUUACGCGCGUACGACUGGUCCAAUUUCAGAAGAAUACCGACGAACCAAUGGGUAUUACACUGAAAAUGACAGAAGAUGGUCGAUGCAUUGUAGCACGAAUUAUGCACGGAGGCAUGAUACAUCGACAAGCAACACUCCACGUUGGGGAUGAGAUUAGGGAGAUCAAUGGGCAGCCGGUUCACAAUCAAACAGUUAGUCAACUACAAAGAAUGUUGCGCGAAGCUCGUGGCUCUGUUACCUUUAAGAUAGUUCCUUCAUAUAGAAGUGCCCCGCCACCUUGCGAGCUAUUCAGGAUUAGACCGGCACCUGUUCUUAUAUUUGUACGUGCCCAAUUCGACUAUGAUCCAUUGGAUGAUGAGUUGAUUCCUUGUGCUCAGGCUGGAAUAGCAUUCCGUACUGGUGACAUAUUACAGAUAAUAAGCAAGGAUGAUCAUCAUUGGUGGCAAGCACGUCAUGAUGCAGCCGGUGGAUCGGCUGGUCUAAUUCCAUCUCCAGAGCUUCAAGAGUGGCGGAUUGCUUGUCAGGCUGUGGACAAAACAAAACAGGAACAAGUAAAUUGCUCAAUAUUUGGCCGGAAGAAAAAGCAGUGCAGAGAUAAAUAUCUUGCAAAACACAAUGCUGUGUUCGAUCAAUUGGAUUUGGUCACAUACGAAGAAGUGGUUAAAGUACCCCUUGGCGAUCCUGCAUUUCAGAGAAAAACAUUGGUGCUCUUAGGCGCUCAUGGUGUUGGACGUCGUCAUAUCAAAAAUACACUUAUAGCAAAAUAUCCAGACAAAUAUGCGUAUCCUAUACCACAUACAACGAGGCCACCGCGGCCGGAUGAGGAGAAUGGCCGAAGCUAUUAUUUUGUGUCCCAUGACGAGAUGAUGCAGGAUAUCGCUGCGAAUGAGUAUUUGGAAUAUGGUACACAUGAGGAUGCAAUGUAUGGGACAAAGCUGGAGACAAUUCGGCGUAUUCAUGCUGAAGGGAAAAUGGCAAUUUUGGAUGUUGAGCCUCAGGCACUGAAAAUUCUACGCACAGCUGAAUUUACGCCCUAUGUGGUCUUCAUUGCGGCACCAUCACUACAAAAUAUAGCUGAUUACGAUGGGAGUCUGGAGCGCCUAGCUAAAGAAUCUGAUAUGCUGCGUCAAGCGUAUGGGCACUUCUUUGAUCUAACUAUAGUUAACAAUGAUAUUGGAGAUACAAUAGCAUCACUGGAGAAUGCCAUCGAUAAGGUACAUUCAACUGCCCAGUGGAUACCAGUUGGUUGGCUCUAUUGACAAGACAGCGAACUUGAGUGUCCUGAAUGCCUAGAGGGAUGCGAUGAGUGCGAUUGCGAAAUCGAUGAGUAUGACCUCAAGUGAAUAAAAUUAAUAAAUAUAUUUAAAUAAUGAAUUAAUCAUUAUUAGAAUAUUUAUUGCACAAAAUGCAAAUUGGGGUUCACAUAAACACAAUGAAUGAUGGAAGGGGGCUGGGCAUUUUGCAAACAGGUCACUUUAAAGUAAAAUCAAAAUUUUACUUCCUUUUACUUUCGUUAUCUACCCCUCCCCCAAUUUUACUUAAUUUCUAUUUAUUUAUUGGAACUUUAUUUUUCUUUUAAAUGUUGUUGCAAAAUAUUAAUAAUUUAUGUUUGCACAUUUUGUGUUCUAAUCUUUGGGAAGACAAAGAGAUUUUUUUUCUUAAAAAUUGCUUGCCAUAUUUAGGAUUUAUUUAAUUAAUAAAUAUUGAGGUGGUUCUAAUGAGAGUUUUAAGAAUUUUCUUUUUAUUCUUAAAGAAAAAUCACUUUUUCACAUAAAAACUUUCAAAGAAAUUUUUGAGUGAAAAAGUUAAUAAAUAAACAUCACAUUUUAUUAGUUUUCUUUCGAAUUGAGUUAAUAGGGGAGAAUAAUCCAAAUCCGAUCAAUUUAAAUUGAAUUUAACCUUGUUCAAAACUAGGUUAAUUAAUGGAGUAUAUUUAGUUUUUCUCAUGAGCUUUCUGCUUCUUCUGAAGGAGUCAAAACGUCUUCGAAAGUAGUUAAAAGCUCAUAAAAAGAUAUUUAAGGAGCUAAGUUAGAAGGAUGAAUAGGGGUCUAAAACCACCUCAAAUAAAGUUUAUUCAUUUGCAAUAUGAUUGAUUUUUUUUUAAUUUUUCUCACCUGAAUUAUAACUUUGUUAUUUUUCUUAUUUAAUUGUUAUUUUUGCACAUUUUGUUGUACUUUUUUUUUAGAUUGAAAUUCUCUUUUUCCUCUUGUACACUGUUAGGGACUAUUUUAACAAAUCAAAUAUAUUUUUAUGAAUUGCAUUUAUUGUAGACAAAGAGAAUUAUGUAAAUUAAUAGUAAAAAUAUGUAGUAAAACUCAUUUUAAAAUGAAUGAAAAAAAAACUAACACUUACAUUUAAAAUGUUCCAAAUUGAGUGAUUUUGUUAAAAAGAAUAUAAAAAAAAAAAUAAAAACCUUUUUGGUGUCACAUCGUGACGACAGACGUGAGAGUUAUGGAUAGAAUUUUAAUGGAAGUAGAUGAAAAACAGUUAUAUACAAAAAAUAUGCUUUAUCUCGUAUAUAAAAAGAGAAAAAAAAUACCUACCUACUAAUAUUUUAUUGGGAAAAAAUAUUUGGACUCUAAAUUUGUGCUUAAUUUUUUUAAUUCCCAAAUUUUCUUGAUAAUUAAAUUAUUAAAAAAAUUUAUCCAAGAAAAAAAAACCUUAACUUUCUAACAUUUAGAAUGACACGGCAAGGAAAGCAGAAUGAAAAUUAAAUUAAAAAAAGAAAAAGAAAAACAACUAAAAAAAAUCACCAUCACCAAAAUUUAACCUGAUCGAAUAUCGCAGUAUUAUACGUAAAAGUGAUAAAAAAAAAAUGCAACAACCAAGAAAUUGAUCGAGCGAAAACACACAAAACUUAAUAAAAAAAAAAUGAAAAAUUGAAAAAGACGAAAUAAAACAAGCAAGAAAAAAAUGUGUUGAAAGACGUUUAUUUAUAGAGCAUUAAAAGAAGGUAACAAGAGAUGAAUUUUGGGGUAAAAAAAAACUAAAGAAAAUAAUUAAAAUAAGAACGUAGUUAGUGCGAUAUUCCAGUAAAAUGAAAUGUUAACAUAAAUUUUAAAUAAAAAAAUUGUAAUAAUACAGAGUAAGAUAAUAAAAAAAGUCGAACUGUUAAAAAAUAUAUUUUAAAUGAAAAAUAUUAAUUACAACUUAAGCAAAAAAAUAAAUAAAAAUGAAAAAUAAAUAAGAAGUUCUCAGAAUGAAAACAAAAAAAAAACAAUUUAAUAAUGCAUUUGAAUUUAAUGAAAAAACAUUAAAAUAAAACUUUAAAAAAAUGAGCGUAAAUAUCUGAGUAAAAGUUUUUCAUUUAAAGAAAAAAAAAACAAAAUGUAAUCUUGUUAAAUAGUUGAAGUAAACGAAGAAAAUAAAGCAUUCAAGAUUUAAUUCUUGUCAUUUACUAAACAAUCUAACAUUUGAUAAAUGAUUGUGUGGUGUGUAGUAAGAUGAAUAAGAGUGAAAUAUAAGAAAUACAGAGAAUUUAAAAACAAAAAAAAGCUUCAGAAUCGACUCUAUAAUUCCAUAAAAAAAUUUACAAACUUUUUACAAAAUACUUUUAAUUUAUUAUUAAAUUUUCUCUUUUUAAUUUUGACCAAUUGGGACCGAUUUUAUUGAGGAAUAAAAAUUAAUUAACAGAAAACUGUGUGUCAAAAUAUAAAUAUCAAUGCAUUUUUCUCAUAGACAUCAGUAGUUUUGAAGAAAAAAAAGAACUAAAUAUUAAAAGAAAAAAACAAAUAGAAAAUUUAGUAAAAAGCCAAUUACAUGAAAAGAAAAUUAAUUAUAGUAAGAAAACACAAUAAUUUAGCACUAAAUUUCCUUCAUUUUAAAAUUACUCUUAUUUUCUUAGUUUUCCACCUCAUGGAAUUAAAUUACAUAUAGAUGUGUCAUAGAAUUUGAAUUUAUUUAUUUGCAUAAUCCAUCACAAAAAAACUUAAAGAAUUUAUAAAUUAGAAAGUAAUUAACACACAAGAAAAGUAAUGAGUAAAUAGAAGAAAUGUGUAAUUCUACUAAAUAAACAAAAAAACAAGUCAUACAUACAUAUAACAUGUGGUUUCAACUUGGUAAAAAAAUAUGUUAUUUCAUGGAAAAAAAUAAACAAAAAAACGGAUAAAACAAUAAAGGAGUAACGAAUUAUUGAAGUUCAAAUCAAUUGCAAGAAAGAAAAAAUUUAAGAAGAAAAAAACAAGGAGAAUACCAUGAAUAAAAGAAAAUUCGACGGAAAAAGUAUUUAGAUUUUUCUGAUAUAGUGCACUCUAUAUACUAAUCCACAAAAACAAAAAUCUCUACUAUCUAAACAAUGAAAAUUAAAAAAAAAACAAAUAUUAAGUAUAUCUUUCAAUUUAUUGUAUGUUUAUCCAAAUUAAAGCAAAAUUCUAUGGCGAUCUUAGAGUGAGAUUAUUUAAUUAUUAUUAUUUUUUUGAGAAUAAAAAAAUAACGCACAGGAAUAAAAAAAAAUGUUGAAAACAUAGAUAAUACCAAUUUAGAUAAAAAAUUUCUCAUUUUUUAAUUUUUGUUUUUUUCUUUAUUUGAUAUAUUUUCUUUAUUAUUCUUUUAUAUAAUUCUUUAUCAAAGAAAUGUGCAAUUUUUGGGCAUAAAGUUUUUGAAAAAAAUCUAUUCCCCAAAAAAAAACUUAAAACCUUAAGUUCGUACUAAACUUACUACUAAAGGGCAAAGCAAUUGAUAAAUUAAACGAAAAUUAACAUUAUAUAACAAUUAAAAGGAGGAGUUGGUGGGAAAUGAAUAACGUUAUGUAGUAUACUGAAAAAAAUUCAAUAUCACAGAGAGUGAAAUGUAUCUUCUUUCAUAUAUUAAAAACAAAUAUAUACCUUACUAUAUAACCGACGAAAAAAAAAGACCUAUUUGGUAUUAAUAAAGAAAAUCUCAAACAAUUUGUGUACUCAGCACGGAAAAGUCGAAUAUGCAAUAUUGCCAUUUCCUGUUUGAUACACCAAAUUUUCAUCAUUUCACCCGUCAAUAAAGAAAAUGUUAUGAAAACCCUUUAAAAGAAAAAAUAAUUCAAAACAAAAUAAACAAUAUAAAGGUUAAAAACAAAAGUAUGAAAACCCCUUUAUUUAAAAUUCCCUACACUAUAAAACAAGGAAAAUAAAUCUUUAAAAAAAUAGAAAUUAUUAAUGAAAAAGAAAACUAACAGGACACUCAAAAUGUGUGAAAAUGUAGAAAAAAUAAUAUUUAUAGUUAUUUUUUUUGCGAAAUACUUUGAAAAUAUUUUUUCUUUGAUUUUUUUUUCGCAAUUUCAUGUUGGAAUAUUUUUAUAAAACAAGAAAAAAUACCUGUCUAUUAAUUUAUUUUAUGGCAUCAGACAAAAAUAGCGUUUAUUGAAGAAGAAAAAAAAACAAAGGAUGAGUAAUAGAUGAAAAAAAUAUUUAUAAUAAAAUGAAAGAACUUUGAAGUGAAUAAUAAUUAGUAGUAAGAGAUGUAAAUACAAAUAUCAAGGAAAAAAGAUAUUUAAAAAUUUAA